AGUAUAUCGGGAGUUUGCUCUGUGGAAAUAAUUUCGAUAGAUGGACUUAAAAUUGUUUAAAAACUAUAAUAAAACUCUUUUUGUUCGUUGAAAAGUUCUUAAGACCGGCAGUAAUUGUUUCUUCGCUGUAGUAAUGUGAAAAUUGGUGUCGAAUGUACGCUUUUGACGAGUAAUUGGAUGAUGAAAAUUUUAAAUUUCUCGUAGUUGGCGUUUACUUUUCGAUGCAGUCGUUCUAUAAAUUUUCUGUCUGUGCGUGUGGUGGGUGUGAGCGGGAUAGCAAAAUGUGCGUGCGUGCGUGCGUAAAAAGUGCCAAAGUGGAAUUAAAAAUACACAAAUGAGUGAAUAAUAAAAAUACAAAAUAUUAAUUGAAAGAUGAGCAUGAUCAUUAAAAAUGAAACAUGCGACAGGGACAAAUAGAGUUGCACAGAAUAUUUUGCAAACGUGUGAAUUGAAGCUAGCCAAAUGAGUAAAUGAAAUAGGAGGCUAAUAAGAAAGGGAGUCUGACGACUACGAAAAAAAAAACAAUUUGAGAUGGAGGAAAAGCUAAGAGAAUGUUAACAAAGAUGAACCAAGUGAAAAGUAAAGGAAACCAAAAAACCAACAAGAAAGACAAAAGAAAAGGAGACAAAGAAACGAAUGAAUCUCUGAGUGUUGUAUGUAUUUUCGUAUAUCUUCGAAUAAAAUACUUCUUGUGUGAUAAAUAUGUGAAAGAAACAAAAUGUUACAGAUUUUGAAGAGUUUUAAGUUUCUAAAUUAAAAAUUGGAUGUAAUAAAAAUAUUAAAUGUGGAGAUAUGAGAAAAAGUAAAAGCAAAGGCAAUAAACGAAACGAAGUAACAGAACUUUUUGACAAUUUGGUCACAAGCGACUCGAGGAGGUUACUCGUCGUGUUCGGCCCAAAUGAGUGUGGAAAGUGUAGCAAGGUGUGCGGUGGUGUAGAGCAGAACAGGGCAGAGAAAAGCAAAUAAAUGAAGGCACAUCAAAGAUGUGAAUAAGAGUAUGGAGUAAAGUGUGAAAAGUGGAAAAUUUGCACAAUAAAAUUUCUUAAAAAAUCAAUAAAAAUAGAAGAAGCAGAAAGUCAAGUUAAAGUAUUUGUUCAUUUAAAAAUUUAUCUUACUCGUCGAAAGCAUAAUCGAUUCUCUGGCGGACGCGAUUAACAACACAAAACAGAAAGGAAUAGUAAGUUUUUGGUGUCAUCGAUUUUGCCAACCAAAGGAUUUUGGACUGCCUUUCCUUUUGCUAACACUAUUUUAUAGUUCAAUAAAGCCUAUAUUGGACUCGCCACUUGCAAUGCCUUUGGAACGUGUACGUAAGAGGUCAAUGAUCCACUAAAGGGUCUUAAGUACUCUUUGUACAAACCAAGGCUUUAAUUGUAGCUUUGGCGUAGGCGGGUACUGCGCUAAACCUUCACAAUUAGCACAAUAUGGACCCGCACGAAUUAAAACCUCCUGGACCGGGCUCAAUAACAAAUAGCACAACUAAUUUAGGGACAACUGGCCAGCAUGGAUUACAGCAACAACUACUUGGCAGUGGGGAGCAAUUAAAUCUGCCUCCACCUUCGCCACAAACCAGUGGAUCUAGUGGAGUCAAUAGCGCAGCUGUUUCAUUAGUUAGUUCAGUGUCCUCUGUUGGCGGUUGUGGUGGUAAUGUUGGUACUUUUUAUAACAAUGUUGCUCCAAAUAAUACCAAUAACGAUGGAGACUCAGAUACGGAAUCUUUAGCAGCUAUGUCAGCGAAGGCCAAGGCUGCAGCUGCAGCUGAACAAAACCAUACAGCCUCUGCGACUAAUGGGCACAAUUGUGGAGCAAACACCCCCGUUAACAAUCUUGGUUUGAAUGCCAAACAGCAGAGACAACAAAAAAGACGUCGCGAAAGAGCACAAAGAUUGCAAGCGGAACGGGAAAACCGUUUCGCUAACACUGCAAAUAAUAUCCCAAAUAGCGGUCUAUUGUACCACGCCAGUAGCGCAGGAAGCAUGGGCGAGGACAGUAAUAAUUCCAAUGGGAACUUUACAAGUAGCAGUAAUGGUAGUAAUAACGUCAUGCCUCCAACGGAUAGCAUUGCAUCGUUGCUCCUUAAUCCUCCGCACUCACCUGAAUGUAAUUCUGGAUUAAUGGCUACGCCUAGCGAUAGUGAAGGUGAGUCGCUUGACGAGGACUUACUAUCUACUUCUUCUUCUUCGACCCUACUUUUGCCCCGCGACAAGCCUCCUCCAAGACCGCCACCUCCAGUAAGAAGAAAACUGCCGCGAUCACCUGUCUUGGAAGAGGAAAUCAUUGAUGGUUUCGCAAUACUUGAGUUCAAGUCUUAUGAAGAUCUUGAGUUUGCGAUAAAAUUAGGACAAAAGCGAAAGGAAAAACGAUUAUCAGCAUUGGAGGAGUUAACUUGCACAUAUAGCAUUGAGGAGACCAAAAUGCCAAAGAUUAUAGAUACAGGUCAGCCUCACCCUAUUCGCGGAAGCAGUAGUCUCAACCUGCCCAUAAAUCAUAUAAAAGAUGGAAGUCAUAACAUUCGAUUGCUGAACAAUAAUGGUAGCAAUAGUAAUUGUCAUCCCGCUCAGACUGUAACAUCAUCCACGACUGUCCCCGUUCAAGACACUCCUCCAGAUGUCAUUGCACCUACAUGGAAGAAUCAAUAUCAAAAUUCAAACAAUAACAAUGUUGGAAGUCAUUUAGCAAAUAUUAAUCAAAAUAUCAGUAACUGCAGCAGUAUUGGUGGUAACAACAUCAACAACAGUAAUAGCACAACUAACGCCGGGCCACCAGCAUCGACGGUGUUAAAUCACAAUGGUAAUACUACCAGUAAUAUCAAUAAUAAUAGCGAUGGAGCUGGGAGUAGCAGUAAUAGCAGCAGCGGAAUUGCUGAAACAACUUCUAGCAACAUAAACAAUACCGAUGAAGAUGCUGUUAUGACUCCAGUUGAUGCAGGCGAUGAUUGUCGGAGCAUUUUGACUGCUGUCGAUAGUGGAGCUUCAUCGGGAAGCUCUACAAUGGCCGUAAACACGAAAGUUGACGUAGCUCCUAAAUUGAAAGAAAAUAAUACUAUUGUUUCAAGAACUAGUUCUGCUUCUAUAGACACUUCCAAUAUAAUUAGUUCCGUAUCCGCGCCCAGCUGUGCGAUAUCGGUACCGCCACCAGCUUCCUCAAUAAUAGUAAGUGCGCCUACUUCUAUGCCAGAGAAGAAUAGCAGCAGCAGCAGCAGCAGCAGUGCAUUGGCAAGUAGUGCACUACAAUUGAAUCAAGCUCAGCCAGUAACAGUACCAGCACAAAUUAGCGACGGUUAUCGUAACGUAUUGCAUUUGGAAGGAAUGAAAAUUGGUCCCAGUUCUUCAGUAGGAAAUAAACCGCAACUGGAUGUAGCUUUGGGAGCAAAUAGUGGAACAAGUUCAAAAUCGUCGAAUCAUUUCCUAAGUGUGACGGCAAAUUCGUCAAAUCCUGUACAAUUGCUUAAAAGCAGCAACAAUAACAUCAGUAGUGAAAUGGCAACAGACAUGCGAGGAUUAGCAUCGACGUUGGCGCCAGCGGUUGCAACAACAUCACAGCAGUCGGCGCCGAAAAUCGCUCAACCAACACCAAAUAAAGAUGAUGUGUUUGAUCGCAUACGCGACGCGGCCGUUACAUGCAAAAGUAUUGGGAUGGGGCAUAAUAUCUGUGAUAAUGAUGAAAACAAGGGCUCUGAAAGGUUGGGACCUAUAGUUUUUCCUUCGACUCCUACUCAACACAUCGCAAAUGCGACUCCGAGCCCAACAACACCACGUAAAUCGUCAGAUUAUCCACAGCAAGCGACAGGUGUUAACGUUAAAAGUGAAAACAAUGAGAGUUUUCCGGCACCAAUCGUUUCUGCGGGUGCGGGCCCGGGGCCUGGUGUGGGCGUGGGCCCGUCAAUUGGAGUGGGUGGAGUCGGGAGUGGAGUUUCAGGAAUGUCCCCUGCUGGAUUGGGACAACAGAAUAAAGAUAAUGUCCCAUUGGGAAAGAGUAGUAGUCAAACUACUGCUCAUUCGGUGGAUGUCGUGCCGGGAUCGGGUGUUCUAUCACCGAUGGUUCAGCCGGCUAGUACAAGUGGGCCUGCAACAUCUGUACACGCGGCUACGAUUACUAGUGAAAAGUCUUCGUCUGGUUCGAAUGCACAACCAAUACAACAACAUCAGCAACUGCUUCCUCCACAACAGCAACUAUCUGUGGCAAGCGUUCAGCCCAAUUUGCCUCCAUCUUUCUCCACAGCAUCGCAUCAGGUAUCUACGGAAACCAGAAAUAUGGUCCCAUCUUCAGUCCCACAGCAAAUUAUUGAGAGCCCGUUCGGUCCGAAGCUAGCAGCAAAUCCAGUUGGCGGACAUCUCGUUGCGUCGCCAAUCAAUGCCUCUAUUCACGCAAAGAAUUUGCCUCCAACACAAGGUAAUAGUGUGCAAUGUUCGGUAGCACCGAUCUCAAUGAUGUCUGGUCCAAUUACCACUACGGUAACCUCAACGCCUGUUAUGGGUGGCUUCGGAGUAGGCAGCAGACUGGGUCCUGCACCACCUAUGCACCAUUUGCAAAGUAGUUUUUCAUCAGUAUCAGCUACAAAUCCUAGUGUUGGUGUCAAAUCAGGAGAGAUGACAGGUGCGGCAGACGUACCAAAAAGUAUUGGGGCGCCGCCACCCGUAAUAAAUGGCUUUAUACCCGCUUUCCUACCGGGAAACGCGAACGCGCAAAAUAGCGUUCGCAUUUCACCUCAUAUGGCUCAUAUGGCACCAGUAACUAGUGGGGCGUCUAUCUCCGUGGUGCCGCUUGCAUCGACUUCAACCGCAUCAACACCUGGCAUUCCGGGACCUAUUACCAAUGCAAAUGUAACGAUGUCUUUACCAGUUACAAUGGCGGCCUCGGCAGCAUCAAUGACACCAGCAACCAUGGCAAACAUGCCGAAAGGUCCUUACAUGGUCAGCGCAACAACUGCAAGCACAAUGCAAAGUGGUGUGUCAGCACCAAACCACGGCAUAUUUACACAGGGCAAUGCAGCGAUUGCUAUUCCAGGCGGACCUCCGAUGAUGAGUGGUGUACCAAAUGGCAUGGCUCCAAUGUUAAUUCAUUCGCCCUACCGCACGCCAUACCCGGGAUAUCCCUUAUAUGCGCCAUACAGCGGCCUGCCACACAGUCCUUAUCUUCCACCUGCCGUGCCAUCACCCAAUGCAUCUCCUCGCACAAUAGAUACACGCACUGGCAGGGAAAUAACACCUUCGCCUAAAGUAGUUGCAGCCGGCAUGCGACCGGUGACUCCAGUGACCAGCGCUACUUCAGCCUCGACGGCGCCUGUUAGCAGUAGUAGCGGUACAACAAUUGCUGCACCACCACCACCACCGCCGUCGAAUUUAGCUUCUGUCCAGUUGCCACUACAGGGUAUGCUGCCAGGUUCAGGUCCAGGUCUGCCACCUGGGCAAGCACCUCAUUUACUACACCACUUACCCUAUGGGGCAAGCCCACAUGGACCGCCACAACCAGUGCCAACUGGUGUAGGAUUGCAGAUGAGCAUCGGCCAUGGUUAUAGCAGCAGCAGCGGCAGUAGCGGCAAUAAUACAAAUACAACAACAACAGCAACUAUCGCAAAUCCAACGGCUUUAAGCAGUCAAAGUAAUAACAGUGGCAAUAACAGUAGCGGAGGGAACAACAGUGGCACCGGCGGAGCGGUGGGUGUUAGCAAUACAGCAGUUCAACUGCAGCGUGGCGAGGGUUCACAGCUACUACCGCCACCACCUCCACAUAUGCUUUCACAUCCACAUCUACCACCGCCACCGAGCCAUGUGGGAGCGGUAGCGGCGGGCCAACACAUGGCGCCCAUACCGCAUAUGCUUAUGCAUCCACAGCACGCAAUGCUGCGCGGCAUUUCUCCCAGUACUGCCAACACGAACAGCGGUAAUAAUUCUGCCCUGCCGUUGAUUGGUGGUCCUGCUUCUUCAUCUGUGAUUCAGAGAGUUAUCUCCCCUAAAAAUGAAAAUCCCAGCAGGGAGCGCGAUAUCGCAUACAGUAUACCGCGCUCCGCGCCAUCCAUCAAUACUCACAGCAGCGGCAGUAACAGUUUACAAACUGGUGCUUCACCGUACAUAACAACUGCUGUCAGUAGCAGCGGUGUAGGGCCAGCCAUGCCGGUGCCCUAUAGCAGCACGGUUUCCGCUAUGCAUACAAUGCAUUCGCUUCCAACGACCACAAUGGCAUCACCGCACCAACAACACAUUGCUACGCCGCCUAGUCUACCCUAUCCACCAAAAAACACAUUGUGGCCCAGUUCAUCUCUGCAAUUAACUCCAUCAACGACGACGACGAUCAGCACGUCAUCAUCAUCCAGUCUGGCAACGCGUCCAACCCCGCCGCCGGCGACACCUCAGGCUUCAUUAAAUGUGGUUGGUGUGUCGGCUGCUUCAAAUGCUGCGGCAGUUGCUGCUUCUAUGCCUGCUAAUUCAGCUUCACCCCAAACAACUCAUGCUGUAGCUGGAUCCGUUUCUACAUUUCAGCCUCCAUUUUUCAUUACUCCAUUGCCACCUCCUCCACCCACAGUGUCCGCUUCCUCUAUGAGCAGCCCCGCGACUUCGCAAUCUGCAUCAAUGGUAUCAUCGGGCAAUGGUACGAUAGUUGGAGUUGCGCCAGCGGCAGUUGGUACUACAUCGUCAUCUUCAUCGUCAGUAUCGACCACACAGACGACUGUGACAACAGCAACCAGUACGCCGGUAACAACAUCAGCACCACAUCCUUUCUCGGCCGAAUCUCUAUUUCAAACCAGUAAAAAUGAUCAAGCAGAUCUGUUGAGGCGCGAAUUGGACAGCAGGUUUCUCGAUCGAUCUGGUUUGGCUGUACAACCGCCGGCACCACCACCACCCUCCACAUAUUUACGUCAGGAGCUGCACCAUCAUCAGCACCAACAUACUCACCUACAUCAGCAUCAACAGCUUAUUCCGGCCGCUUUGCCGGCAGCACUUCCAGCUGCACCGCCCCCAGCACCGGCACCUAUUUUUCCGCAGUUAUUCAAAGACAUUCCAAAAAUUGCGGCAGUGGAAACACCGUUCUAUCGCACCGGCAUUGGUUUGCCUGGCUAUUCGGGAUAUAAUUCGGGAUUGCUGCAUCCAGGGCUGGGCGGAGCAACGCCCUUCAUGCCGCCCGGACACCUCACUUCGUUCGCGCCAAAGCCGCCACCGCCAUCAUCGCCCUCCGCUAACACCAAUGCCACGAACUCAAACAAUCCACCAACGAAUCUUGAUUCCUCUAAAUCUGCGAGGUUUACGAAAACUGGUCGGUGGAAUGCUAUGCAUGUGCGUAUCGCGUGGGAGAUUUACUACAACCAAAACAAACAAAAUCCUGACAAGUUGGCAAAUAGCCAGGUCGGCGUUGCUGGCGGAACCCCAGUGGGGGUAUCACAAAGUGGUGCUCCUUCGUCUUUGAAUGUGACUGGCAGUGUUGGCCCCUCGCCAUCUUCAUCGGUAACGCUUAGCGGCCUUAAAACUUCGCCAGCGCUCUCAAUUAGCUCCGCAUCGCCGCACAUGCUGCAUCGCCCGGGAGAGUUGCCACCGGGCGCCAUGGCAGCGUAUGCCGGUACUUUGCCAGGUCGUUCGCCAUUCGAAACAUCGCCGUUAUCGACGAGUUUCAUAGGAGCACCACCCAGUCAUAUUGGCACAGCAGUGUCGCCAUUCGGUCGCUACGCUGCCCCGUUUGGAUUCGGCUUAUCACAUUUUGGCUGUGACACGUGGCGGCCAUUGCAACGUGCUGUCGCAUAUCAUCCAGGUGCUACCAGCACUCCUAUGUGGCCCCUGAAACCUGAUCCGGCCCUGGAUAAUGCGCGUCGUGAAGCAGAGGAACGCGAAAGGGAGCGCGAAAUGCGUGAACGCGAGCAACGCGAACGUGAUCGACAACGUCGCGAACGUGAAGCGCGGGAACAAAAAGAAAAAGAGGAGAAAAUCAAACGUGAACAACAGGAGCGUGAACGCGAACGAGAGCGGGAGCGCGAGCGCAAAGAGCGUGAACGCCGAGAAAUGGAGCGACGGGAAAUGGAGCGUGAACGGAUGUUGCAGCAGCAGCGAAUUAACGAGAACAAUAAAUUAUCUCAGGUGGCUGCUGCCGCUGCUGCAAUGAAUACAACGUCACGUGAUCGUUCUCCACAUCGCAGCAUGAACGAUCCGCUGGGCGGGCCUAGCGGUGGUGAGAUACGUAUUAAAGAAGAGCACCCGCGCACAAAAGAAGAACAAGAUGCAAUGCUUAUGCGCGCUUCAGCGGCUGCCGCCGUGGCGGGCGACCCACGUUACCAUCAAUCCAUAGCGGUAGCGCAGGCAAGUGCGGCAGCUGCCGCUCAUCAUGCAUCCUUUAUGGCCGGACGACAUGGGCCGCAUGCAGUGGGACCUCCACCACCACCUCAUCUCGCCCGCACAAUGAUGCCACCCACAUUAGGCGGACCACCAAUGACACAUUUCGGACCACCCGGCCCACCCGGUUGGCCAAUGGAUCCCUAUCGUGAUCCAUAUGCUCCAAUGCUACGCUAUAACAUAAUGGAAGCAUUGCGCCAUGAAGAGGAGAGACACAAAGUGGCCCUGAGUAUGUAUGCAGCGCAGUCAGCGGCUCACCUACGCGGCAAAGAACCCAGCCCUAUACCGCCGCCGACAGUGGGAGGUCCAUUAGGGCCACCACCGCCGCCACCACAUCAUCGUAUUCAACAGUCACCACACCACCAACAAUCCACAAAUUUGCCACCGCCACCCACGAUCAUAGGCAAACCGCCAACGCUUGGGGGCAUGCCACAUCCGAUUACCGUUGAUGUGCAUCACCCCACAAAGAAGGAAGAUCCCGGUGCGAAUGUAGGUGUAGGAGUGGGUGGAAUGCAAACAGCGCCUUCGCCAGCGGCACCGGGUCGAUGAUAAAUAACAACUAAUCCAUAGUAUCUGUAAUUGGCGAAAGGUGGAUAAAGCAUGUGGGCAAAACUUGCUAAUUUUUGUAAAUGUGUUUUUGUUUGUGCAAACUUGAUCGCUUUAACUCCAAUUUCUUUUUAUUGUUGGGUAUACUGUAAUGUGUAGAAGCAUGUAUAAAGCAAAUCAGCAAAUCUUCGUACAUUUACAAGUAUAUAUGUAUAUGCAAUAUUUAUUCAAAAGUAGUAUGUAUAUGUAUUAACAUUGAAAAUAAUGCAAGUAGCGUAUAUGCAGCAGAGAGAAGCAACAAUUAUAAAGACUUUUGAAUAUCUUUCUUAAAAAUGGCAAUAUUCUGCGAAGUGAUUCGUAGACUUUGCAACUGUAUAAAACAUAUUUUAAUUUUAUUGUAUAAAAUAUUUAAAAACAAGUAUAUUUAACUGACGAUAUGUAUAUGGAAAAAUAUGAGGAAUUAAACAUUAACUUGGUCACAUACAUACAUAAUUAAUACAAAAUCGCAGACUCGAACUUAUGCAUACUCGAUAUAACUUAGUGGUAAUAAAUAAGACGUGAAGAAAACCUUCAAAAAAAAAAAAAACAAAAACAAAAACAAAACAAACAAAAGGUUUUUGGACACACAGACAGCAUGUAAGAUAUUAUAGGCGACCUGUCGAAUUGAAUUGAUUACAAUUGAACGUACAUAAUAUAUGACAACACACUUCGUAUACAUACAUUUGUACGUAGCACAUAACAUGACAUGUGCAAACAAGAAAAACAAAAAGAAAACACUUUCAGAAAGAACGAGCAACCAGUUAGUUUGUAAAUGUAUUAAAAUUGGUAGUACAUACGUAGGUUUAUAUACAUUCAUAUAUAAAUAAUUGCAUAAAAAAUCUAAUUAGUACGUAAAUCGUGAGCACACACUCCCUGUGUAUCCUUUCCACAUCCACUUAUCCAAAAAUUAUCCACCAUCAUCUACCUAUGUAUGUCCACACCUGCACCUAAAACAAAGUAUAUAUAUAUAUAUAAAUAUUUAGAGCAUUUGUAUUAUUUGUAUAAUGAUGGUAUAAAGCAACAAAUUAUAUAUUAAAUUUAUAAUUAUAAAAUUAUUAUCAUUAAGUAGCUUUACAUUAUUUAUAAAAAAGUUAAAAUAAAAUAAAAUCUAAGAUGGAAGUGAAUAAGUAAGAUACAUACACGCAACACGAGAAACAACAAGAAAAUAAAAGUGAACUAAUUUGCAUAUUAUGUAAUGUAAUAAACGGAUAUAAAUUAAAGAUAGAAACAAUGCUAAAAUAUUAUAAAAAAACAUA